AUGGUUGGCAAUCAUGAAUAUACCAUACAAGGAGGGAAGAGCCUCGAAAGCCUCAUACGGAACGCUGCAGUGAGCCGUCAUAAGUCAGGGGUCCUGCCUAGUGAAAAUGAUCUGGAGCAUGCCAGAGCCGCUUUACCAAAUGCUUUAUCCACUGAUGGUGUUGGAUAUGACCAAACAAUCAAACAUAUCAUAGACGAUCUAGUUCCAGCAUUCAACAACAGCAGCCUCUCCUCCAAUUACUACGGUUUUGUGACUGGCGGGGUUGCCCCAGCGGCCCUGUUUGCCGACAAUAUCGUGUCUACGUUUGACCAGAACGUACAAGUACAUCUCAAGGAGCACUCAAUCGCCACAGACAUUGAAUAUAAUGCGCUGGGUUUGCUAGUUGAUCUGCUACGGCUGGACCGGCAAUCGUGGCAUAAUGGAACAUUUACGACGGGUGCGACGGCCAGUAACAUCUUGGGUUUGGGAUGUGGACGAGAAUUCGUUUUACGAGCAGCAGCGGAAAAGAAGGGGAUUUUAGUUGCGAGCGUUGGAGAGUAUGGACUGUUUGAAGUGAUGCAGGCGGCUGGUCUCUCCGGAGUGCAGGUUCUUUCGACUCUACCCCAUUCGUCACUUGCAAAGGCUGCAGCAGCACUGGGAAUCGGACGUGUUAAUGUAAAAAAUGUACCUCUCGAGGGAGAUUCUUUACAAUUCGAUAUGAGACAGCUUGAUACUGAGCUCGCAAGGUCCGAUAAAGUCAGUAUCGUCUCCGUGUCAUGCGGCGAAGUCAACACAGGACGGUUUGCGACAAAUGGCAUUGAAGACAUGCAGCAGCUGCGCAGACUCUGCGAUAUGUACGGAGCCUGGUUGCAUGUGGACGGAGCCUUUGGAAUCCAAUGCCGAAUCUUUGACGACAGCGCUGAGUUUGCUUCGCUCAAGGCCGGAUGUGAGGGGAUUGAACUCGCGGACUCAAUUGCCGGGGACGGUCACAAAAUGCUCAACGUACCCUAUGACUGUGGCUUUUUUCUUUGCCGCCAUGGAAAGGAGGCCUCAAAUGUGUUCCAAAAUGCGAACGCGGCCUAUCUUGCGUCUGGUGCUACACAGGAUAUCCAAUCUCCUCUGAACAUCGGAAUCGAGAACUCCAGGCGAUUCCGGGCGUUGCCAGUCUAUGCAUCUCUUCUAUCACUUGGGCGCACGGGCUAUCAAGACAUGCUGCAGAGGCAGAUCCGGCUGGCCAGGAAGAUAGCAGGGUGGUUGUUCGACCAUACCGAGUAUACAGUGUUGCCAGAGACAAGCAGUAAGGAUGAGCUAGUAGAGCAAACGUAUAUGAUUGUCCUGUUUUGCGCUAAACGAAAGAACUUGAACCGGGAGCUCAGCUCUAAAAUCAAUGCGACGUUAAGAAUGUUCGUGUCUGGAACUGCCUGGCAAGGGAAACCGGCUUGUCGAAUCGCCAUUGCAAGCUGCAUGGUUAAUGUGGAGAGGGAUUUCGGUCUCGUAACUGAUGUUCUAGACAAGAUCAGUGCAGAGACAGUAUCUUGA